GAAACCAAAGUUCAGCAGAAGUGCUGUGACAGUCCCCCUUGAAAGAAGACAUUUAGAGGGUAAAGGUCACACAAGGUAGGCAGGACACACGCAACAGUCAACCAGCUGACAGUAGAGAGGCUAGAUACCCCUUGGCAGUGAACUAGCUGACAAGUAGAUAGGCUAGAUACACUCGGCAGUCAACCAGCUGACAGGUGAGAGGCUAGAUACACUCGGCAGUCAACCAGCUGACAGGUGAGAGGCUAGAUACACUCGGCAGUCAACCAGCUGACAGGUGAGAGGCUAGAUACACCCGGCAGUCAACCAGCUGACAGGUGAGAGGCUAGAUACACCUGGCAGUCAACCAGCUGACAGUAGAGAGGCUAGAUACACUCGGCAGUCAACCAGCUGACAGUAGAGAGGCCAUUCAGUUCCUUUUGUUGUCUACAACCAUCCUGAGACCCUUUCUGGGUGAACAAUAAAGCCAGCAGCUGAAAGAGAAAGAGAGAGAGAGACGGAGAACUGUACCUUCAUUGGGUGAGGAAGACUUCACUAUCCAGCCGGUCGCCAUGAGAUUCCCCAAGCUGCCCAACCCAGGUCUGGAUGACCGGAUCCCGUCUCAUAAAGAGCUGGAGAGGAUGGAGAAGGAGGAGGCUGGGGACAGGCCCAAAUGGGACAACAAGACCCAGUACAUGCUGACCUGUGUGGGCUUCUGUGUGGGGCUGGGGAACGUGUGGAGGUUCCCUUACCUGUGUCAGAGCCAUGGAGGAGGAGCGUUUAUGAUCCCGUUCCUGAUCCUGCUGGUUCUGGAGGGGAUUCCACUGCUGCACCUGGAGUUUGCUAUCGGACAGCGCCUCAGGAGCGGCAGUGUGGGAGUCUGGGGCUCUGUCAACCCUUACCUCACUGGCAUUGGUAUUGCCUCCAUGUUGGUAUCAUUCCUGGUUGGGAUGUACUACAACACCAUCAUGGCCUGGAUCAUGUGGUACCUCUUCAACUCCUUCCAGGACCCCUUGCCUUGGAGUCAGUGUCCCCUCAAUGCAAACAAGACAGGUCUGGUGUCAGAGUGCGCACGGAGCUCCUCCGUGGAUUACUUCUGGUACAGAGAGACACUGAACACCUCUACGGCCAUUGAUUUAUCCGGAGGCCUUCAGUGGUGGAUGGUGCUAGCCCUGGUGUCUGCCUGGACUUUACUCUAUGUCUGCUGUAUCAGGGGGAUCGAGACUACUGGCAAGGCUGUGUACAUAACAUCCACUCUGCCCUACUUGGUGCUCACCAUCUUCCUGAUCAGAGGACUGACUCUGAAAGGUUCUCUGGAUGGAGUGAAGUUCCUCUUCACACCAGACGUGAAUGAGUUGAUGAACCCGUCUACCUGGCUGGAUGCAGGAGCCCAGGUGUUCUACUCUUUCUCCUUGGCCUUCGGAGGUCUCAUCUCCUUCUCCAGCUACAACUCUGUACACAACAACUGUGAACAGGAUGCUGUCAUCAUCUCCGUCAUCAACGGAGCCACCUCCGUCUACUCUGCUACCGUCAUUUACUCCAUCAUAGGCUUCAGGGCCACGGAGAAGUUUGACGACUGCUUGGAUAGUAACACCAUGGCCCUUAUGAAUGCAUUUGAUCUCCCUGAGCACUUCUUCACUGUGAAAAACUAUGAGGAGGUUCUCCAAGCUUUCAACAGCACAUCGCCAGACAUCAUCCAGGGAUUAAACCUGAAGACUUGUGAUCUACAGCAGUUUCUCAGUCAGGGUGUGGAGGGAACUGGUUUGGCCUUCAUCGUGUUCACAGAAGCCAUCACCAAGAUGCCUGUCUCUCCUCUCUGGUCCAUCCUGUUCUUCAUCAUGCUCUUCUGUCUGGGACUGUCCACCAUGUUUGGGAACAUAGAGGGGGUCGUGGUGCCCCUUCAGGAUCUGAACAUCUUCCCUAAAAGGUGGCCCAAAGAAGUCUUGACAGGUGUCACUUGUAUUGUUUGUUUCACCGUCGCUCUCAUAUUCACCCAGCGGUCUGGUAACUACUGGCUGGCUCUGUUCGACAGCUUUGCCGGCUCCAUCCCUCUCCUAGUCAUCGCCUUCUGCGAAAUGGUGUCUGUUGUUUACAUCUACGGGAUAGACAG